AUGGAUCGUCUCAUCGAUGAUCGCGCAGUCCUUGAUGAGGAAGAGGAGGAGGAGGACGAAUCCUUCGACGAAGAGACCGGCGAAAGGAGAACAAAGUCAAGUGGCGCAAACGGCCGUUUUGACGAUUCCUCAGAAGAAGAGGAAGAGGACGAGGACGAGGAGGCCGCGGCGGAGAUUGCCAAAGACUUCAUUGUCGAUGAAGAUGAAGAUGAUGAAGAAACUCGACGAGAACGGAGACGAGAACGGAAGAAACGCCGCCGCGAAGAACGUGAAGACGAAGACCUCGAUGAAGAGGAUUUGGAAUUGAUCGGCAUGAAGCCAACCGAGGAGCCGACCGAAUCAAAGUUCAAGAGACUCAAGCGAGGCCCUCGCGAAGACCGCGAUGCACAACAGCAUCCUGGGGUGAAUGAUAUUUUUGGCCAUUCCGACGAGGAAGAGGAGGCAGCUGACUACAGUCGGCGGAGUCGUCAAGAUCGAAGAGGGCUGCAGGACGAGUUUGACGACUUCAUCGAAGAGGAUAUUUUCUCAGAUGAAGAACAACAACGGCAACGCGAAGAUGAGGAAGUGGCCAGGCAUAAUCGUCGAGGCAUCGCAGAGCUAGGCAUCGCAGAUGCAGCUGGUCUCGAUGAGCAGGCUCUAGAAGACUUUCGUGCAGCGUUCGGUGAUGGAACAGAUUACGACUUUGCACUCGAAAAGGAAGAAGAGGCUGACGAAGAAGAGGCCGAAAAAGACAAGAAUCUCCAUCUCAAAGACGUCUUUGAACCCUCUCAGCUGGCCGAGAAGCUUUUGACCGACGAGGACAAUGAAAUCCGAUUUACUGAUAUACCCGAACGACAUCAGCUAGCUAGGAGACCAUAUCGCGACCUUGAAUUGACCGAAGAUGAGGUCAAAGAAGAAGCUGCGUGGAUAGCCAACCUCGUACUGCCGUCGAAAGGGCACGACCCUAUUCACCACGAACCAUUCAGACGGGCUGUCGCAGAUAAUCUGGAUUUGAUGACUCGGCAGGAUUUUGAACCACCGUUUAUUUACAUGCAUCGAAAAGAUUAUCUGCUGUUCCCUCAGACUAAGGUGGUUGGUGUACAGGAAGACGGGACUCCAAAAGUUGUCGAUGACACCGUCAAACUCCUCAAUCAGAAAGAUCUGUGGCGUAUCUUGGAGCUCGAUCUCAAAUAUAGAGCCCUUAUCGAAAGGAAACGAGCGCUUCAGAAAACAUACGAUGAUUUGAAGUCGACUAAUGUGUCCGAGGACAUCACUUUCGAACAACUCCUCCCACGAGCUGCUACGAUGGAGGAUCUUCAGGAUUUGCAGGACUAUCUGUAUUUCGAGUACGCAUCACAGCUUAAAGAUUUGGCCCUGACCUCGAAUGGCGAGACCAACGGUGUGAAUAUGUCUCAGAAGAAAGCUUCGACGAGAAGUGUUUACGAGGAAAUUCGUGCCUCGAGAGCAUUCGGUCUCGUUCGUGCCUUUGGAAUAACUGCAGACGCAUUCGCACGAAACGCCGCCAGAGAAGGCGUCCGAACGUACACGGAAGAUCCCUCUGAUAGCCCAGAGAAUCUUGCUGAAACACUGAUCGACGAAGAAUUCUCUACGGGCGCCAGAGUGCUCAAAGCGGCGAAGGCGAUGUUCGUCGAACAACUAGCCACGAGCCCACGAUUUCGCCGUCUCAUCAGAGAGAAGAUCUUCCCCCAAGGGGUGAUUGACUGCCACCGUACCGAAAAAGGUCUUCGCAAGAUCGACGAGCAACAUCCUUACUAUGAAUUCAAAUAUCUCCGGAACCAGAAAUGCAUCUAUUUCAGCGAACGACCUGAUCUGUUCCUUAAGAUGCUGAAGGCAGAGGAAGAAGGCUUGAUCGAGAUUCGGGUUCGACUGCCCGAGCUGGAUACUUUCAAGAAAGAACUCAACAAGCAGAUUGAAACAGACAAUUACUCUACUGUGGCUGAUGCGUGGAACCAAGAGCGCCGUGAGGCCGUAUCGAGUGCCGUUGACAAGAUCAUGAAGCUCAUGGCCCGGUCGGUUAAAGAAAAUCUCAAGGAGCAAUGCGAAGCAACUAUCGGGAAUGAUUGCCGCGAUGAGUUCUAUGUAAAGCUCGACCAGGCUCCCUGGAAGCCGAGAGGGUUGGCGAAAGGUACUGUUCCGCGGGUCUUAGCCAUGACGAACGGUGGUGGAGCAAUUGGCCGUGACCCCAUCUACUGGGCCUACGUCGGUGACGAGGGUAGAGUCCUUGAGCAUGGUCAGUAUAAGGACCUCGGCCCUGGCAAUCGAGAACGCGGCAUCUCCGACGGCAAGGAUGUUGACGCCCUAUUGGAAGUCAUUCGGAGGAGGGAGCCUGAAGUUAUCGCGGUCUCGGGAUGGUGUCCUGAUACCCGCAAACUUCUAGCAAACCUGACCACCUUGGUCAACAACCAUGACCUCCGAGGUGCGACAUACAGCGACGAUGAUGACCAGGAUCGAAGCGAUCUUUUGGAUGUCAUUCUCGUCAACGACGAAGUUGCCCGGAUGUCGAAAUCAGGCGAUCGCAUGAAAUCUGAUAACCCCGGGGUUCCUGAAAUGGCCCUCUACUGUGUCGGACUAGCGAGGUACAUGCAAUCUCCCUUGAAAGAGUAUGCCGCUCUAGGUCGAGACAUUGUAUCCAUCAACUUCCACCAAACCCAGAACCUUGUGCCGCAAGACAAAUUAUUGAAGAAACUGGAAACUGCUCUUGUCGACACGGUCACCAUGACCGGCGUGAACAUCAAUGAGGCCGUAACUGACCCCGGGCUGGCAAACCUUCUUCCCUAUGUUGCCGGCCUCGGACCCCGAAAGGCUUCCCAGUUGGUGAAAGUUAUCAACCUCAACAACGGAUUUGUCAGGGCUCGUGAGGACCUGCUGGGUCUCAACGAUAAAUACCAAGCGAUGGGACCCAAAGUAUGGGCCAAUGCUGCAUCCUUCUUGUACAUCGACUUUGACAUGUCGGAUCCUGACUCGGAGUAUUUGGACAACACUCGAAUACACCCUGAAGAUUACGACAUCGCCCGGAAAAUGGCAGCUGAUGCGCUUGAACUUGAUGAAGAAGAUAUUGAGGCCGAGAGACAAGAAGGAGGAUCAGGAGCUAUAGUUCGCCGCCUAAUACGAGAAGAAGCACAGGAACGCGUUCAUGACCUGGUUCUCGAAGAAUAUGCCGCGCAGUUGGAACAAAAUCUGAACUCAAAAAAGCGCAGCACUCUGGAGAACAUUACCGCCGAACUCAACGAUCCAUAUGAAGAACUGAGAAACCCAUUCCGGGUAAAUCUAGGAGAGUCGGAAGUCUUCACAAUGCUCACAGGGGAGACCAGAGAAUCCCUGCAGAGAGGCAUGAAUAUUCCAAUGACGCUCAAGAAGGUCACCGACGAUCACAUGGAGGGCAGACUUGAAUGCGGAUUGGAUGCUGUGGUUGAGGAUCGUCAAUGGGCAGACCCUGCGUUGUCGCCGAAGCAGUUAUACAAUAUCCAUCAGACCGUUCAAGCCCACAUCACCUCGAUCAACCGCAAAGACUUUAUAGUCACUGUAAGCUUGAGAGACGAGCAGUUGAAAAAACCAUUCAAGAGAUAUAGUCACAACGAUCGAAACUACGACGAGUGGGAUGAUCGCGAGGAGGCUGCGGACAAGAAGUUGUUGGAAGAGAAGACGGAUUUGGGCAACCGGGUCACUCGAGUGAUCAAGCACCCCCUAUUCCGGCCGUUCAAUGCAAAGCAAGCAGAAGAGUAUUUGGGCAGCCAGAAUCGUGGUGACAUCGUCAUUCGCCCAUCAUCCAAAGGAAACGAUCAUCUUGCCGUAACAUGGAAGGUUGCGGACGGUAUAUUCCAACAUAUUGAUGUCCUUGAACUGGACAAAGAGAACGAGUUCUCCUUGGGAAGGACGCUGAGGAUAGGUGGACGGUACAACUACUCCGACUUGGACGAACUGAUCGUGCUACAUGUCAAGGCCAUGGCUCGAAAAGUGGACGAGAUGUGCAAUAACGAGAAAUUCCAGAACAAGUCCAAGGCUGCAUUAGAAGAGUGGUUGACAACCUAUACCAAUGCUAACCCCAAACGCUCCAUGUACCAAUUCUGCCUCAACCGUGAGCGACCAGGGCAGUUCCACCUCGUCUUCAAGGCGGGCCAAAACGCGAAGCUGAUGGACUGGAGCGUGAGGGUGAUUCCACAAGGGUUCGAAUUGAUGAAGCAACCAUAUCCCACCAUGAGAGAUCUGUGCAACGGCUUCAAGCUGAUUUUCCAGAACAUGCAUGAGGCGGCGGCGAUGGGCAGGCCUAUGCGAAGAUAG